AUGGAUAUAGGCACCGUUCCGGAGGGUGGUUUCAUGGAUAUAGGCGCCGUUCAGGAGGGUGGUUCAGUUGAUAUAGGCGCCGUUCAGGAAUGUGGUUUCAUGGAUAUAGGCGACGUUCAGGGGGGUGGUUUCAUGGAUAUAGGCGCCGUUCAGGAGGGUGGUUUCAUGGAUAUAGGCGACGUUCAGGAGGGUGGAUUAAUGGAUAUAGGCGCCGUUCAGGAGGGUGGUUCAGUUGAUAUAGGCGCCGUUCAGGAAGGUGGUUUCAUGGAUAGAGGCGCCGUUCAGAAAGGUGGUUUAUUUGAUUUAGGCGCCGUUCAGGAGGGUGGUUUAGUUGAUAUAGGCGCCAUUCAGGAGCGUGGUUUCAUGGAUAUAUGCGCCGUUCAGGAGGGUGGUUCAGUUGAUAUAGGCCCUCUUCAGGAUGGUGGUUUAGUUGAUAUUGGCGCCGUUCAGGAGGGUGGUUUAAUGUAUAUAGGCGUGGUUCGGAAGGGUGGUUUACUCGAUAUAUGCGCCGUUCAGGAGGGUGGUUUAGUUGAUAUAGGCGUCGUUCAGGAGUGUGGUUUAAUGGAUAUAGGCGUCGUUCAGGAGGUUGGUUUAAUGGAUAUAGACGCCGUUCUGGAGGGUGGCUUAAUGGAUAUAGACGCCGUUCAGGAGGAUGGGUUAAUGGAUAUAGGCGCCGUUCAGGUGUGGUUUCAUGGAUAUAGGCGCCGUUCAGGAGAAUGGUUCAGUUGA